AUGUCUCCUAAUGAAUGGGACAUUCUGCCUCCACAAGGUCUCCUCCCGGUAUGCACCGUCCCCGUUCACGACUAUCGUUCACCCAUCACCCCAAACGACUUAACUCCACCUGCCGUGUCCCAGGCUCUGGGCUCAAUGCUUGUGAGGAUACAAAGAAGUAUCAACAGAAAACAAAGGCACUGCCCUGAAGAGACAUACCAUCUACAAGCACUUCUGCAGGUCACUCAGUUACACCUGUUGGAAAGAAAUCCUCCAGAGGAGGUACUGAUAACCAGAAACCAAAAGACCUGCACUCCAGGAGCCAAGGGUCUCAGAAUUUGA